AUGUCCCAACUAAAAGAGACGGUGGAUGUGGGCGUACUAGAGAACAGCUAUGUACAGCCACAGAUCAACAAAAAGAUCCAGAUUGAUAUGGAAGAUGGUAGCAGAAUAUCGAGCACCUCAGAAAAUAUUGAAGAUAUCGAAAAGGGAUCCGAACCUCAAUUGAAGAGAGAACUCAAGUCACGCCAUCUGGCCAUGAUAUCCAUUGGUGGUGUAAUUGGACAAGGUCUUUUCCUUUCUUCAGGAGCAAAUCUGGCAAAAGCAGGUCCUGCAGGUCUAUUGAUUGCAUAUGCUAUUAUUGGAUUUAUCGUAUUCUGGAUCGCAUAUCAGCUGGGUGAAAUGGCCGCAUACAUACCAAUUUCUGGAUCGUUUACAGUAUAUUGCCGAAGAUUUGUUGAUAGAUCUUUUGGAUCGGUUAUUGGAUACAAUUAUUGGGCAUGUUGGUCUAUUAUUGUUGCAGCAGAACUGACAGCCAUCCCAUUGGUUAUGAGAUUCUGGACAGAUGUUGUUCCCGAUUGGGCCUGGUCGGCAAUUUUUUUGGUCUUGAUGUUUGCUCUCAAUCUUUAUGGUGCCCGUGGCUGGGGUGAAGCAGAAUACUGGUUCAGUGUGAUAAAAAUUCUUGCUGUUAUUGUGUUUGUAAUUGUCGGUUGCUUUACUUCUGGAGGAUUGAUUGGUGGUACUACUUAUGGCUUCAAGUACUGGAAAGAUCCCGGAGCCUUUUCGAAUGGUAUUCUCGGUGUCAUUAAUGCUCUUGUCCUGGCUGCCCUCAGUAUGACCGGAACUGAUAUUGUUGGUGUGUCUGCCGGAGAAUCUGCCAACCCCAGAAAGGCUAUUCCAGUGGCUGUCAAGAAUGUAUUCUAUCGUAUCAUGUUUAUCUAUGUAUUCUCAGUAUUUGUCAUGGGUAUGAUUAUUCCUUGGAACGAUCCUCAGAAUAUGCGUACCGGUGGUCGCGAUGUCAGUGUUUCUCCAUUUACUAUGGUAUUCCAGAAAGCCGGUCUUUCUUGGGCUGCUCACAUCGUAAAUGCUGUCAUCCUUAUCACUCUUAUUUCUUGUGGCAACAGUGGAAUGUACGUCACCACUCGUACUCUGUGUGCCUUGGCAACUGAAGGUAUCGCUUGGAAGAGACUUGCAUAUGUGAAUAGCCGUGGUGUACCAAUCUAUGCCCUCAUUUGCACAAGCUCUGUUUCGCUAGUUUGCUUCCUCACCUCCUUUAUCCCUGGUGAAGCCCUCUUUCUUGUGCUCUGUGAUCUUGGAGGCAUCUGUGGUUUGCUUACAUGGUUUGGUAUUGCGGUAUCCCAUUAUCGAUUCAGAAAGGCCUACAUUGCUCAAGGACGCAACCUCAGUGACCUUCCCUUCGUUUCGCCUGGUCACCCGUACAUGAAUAUACUUGUUAUGAUCGCGUGCCCGGUCAUUGUCUUGAUUUCAGGAUGGUCAUACUUUGUACCUGCAAGUGCUACUGGUUUACUCGGAAGUUAUUUGGGUGUGAUAAUCUUUGUGUUUGCUUUCAUCUUCCUCAGAUUCUGGACAAAGUCAAAACUGGUCCCUCUUUUGGAGGUUGACCUUGACACUGGCGUAAGAUACUAUUCCCCUGAAGAUCUCCAACAGGAAAAAGACGAGAGUUCAAAGAAGCGCAGCUUUAUCCGAAAGUUGAUUGCCAUCCUUACUUAG